GCCGCCGCUGCCACCAUGAUGGCAGCCUCGCCUCGGCUGCCAUGGGCGCCCCGGCUCCUUUUGUUUCUCACCGCGAUAGCUGUAGGGGUGAUACAGCCCCCCAUCGCUGCGGCAGGGGAUGCUCCGCCCGGCAAAAUAGCUGUAGUGGGAGCUGGGAUUGGUGGCUCUUCGGUGGCCCACUUCCUGCAGCAGCACUUUGGGCCACAGGUGCAACUGGACGUGUACGAGAAGGACACCGUUGGGGGCCGCCUGGCCACAGUCACUGUCAACAAACAGCAGUAUGAAAUCGGUGGUGCCUCCAUUCACUCCCUCAAUCUACACAUGCAGGACUUUGUUAAGCUGCUGGGGCUGAAGCACCGUCGAGAAUUGGCCGGGAAGAGCGCCAUCUUUAGCGGGGAGCAGUUUGCCCUAGAGGAGACAGACUGGUACCUGCUGAACCUCUUCCGACUUUGGUGGCACUACGGCAUGAGCUUCCUGCGCCUACAGAUGUGGGUGGAGGAGGUAAUGGAGAAGUUCAUGAGGAUCUACAAAUACCAGGCCCACGGCUAUGCGUUUUCUCGCCUUGAGGAGCUCCUGCAUUCGCUGGGUGGGGACACGUUUGUCAACAUGACACAGCGCUCUGUGGCAGACUCCCUGCUGGAGGUGGGCAUCACACAGCGCUUCAUUGACGAGGUCAUUGUGGCCGUUCUCCGUGCCAGCUAUGGCCAGUCAGCACUGGUGCCUGCGUUUGCAGGGGCCAUGUCCCUAGCAGGGGCACAGGGCAACAUGUGGUCUGUGGAAGGUGGCAACAACCUGGUGUGUUCAGGCUUGCUGAAGCUGACGAAAGCCAACAUAAUUGAGGCCACUGUGACAGCCAUUUCUCUGCACAACUCAGAUGGAAAAACCUUCUACCAGGUGCACUAUGAGGAUGAGGAAGGCCAAGGCUCUAGCUUCUAUGACAUUGUGGUCAUUGCUACUCCACUGCAUAAUAGCAAGAGUAACAUCAGCUUCCAGAACUUCGACCCUCCCGUUGCUGAGUUCCCAGGGACCUUCCACACCACGGUCACUUCCGUCAUCCAUGGCUACCUCAACUCCUCUUAUUUUGGCUUCCCAGAUCCAAAGCUCUUCCCUUUUGCCAGCAUCCUCACCACAGAUGCUCCUGUCCUCUUCUUCAGUUCCAUGGACAACAUUUGCCCCAUCAACAUAUCCAGUACCUUCAGGCGGAAGCAGCCCCAAGAGGCAGCCAUAUGGCGAGUCCACUCCCAGCACCCCUUGGAGAAGCAAGAGCUGAAGACUCUGUUCCGUUCCUACUACUCUGUCCAGGUGACAGAAUGGCAGGCCUAUCCUGACUAUGGGUCUUCCAAGAGCCUCCCGCCCAUUGUCCUCCACAAUAACCUCUACUACCUCAACAGCAUGGAGUGGGCAGCUAGCUCAAUGGAAAUGGCUGCUGUGGCGGCCAAAAACGUGGCCCUCUUAGCCUACAACUUCUGGAAUCGUGACCUAGAGAAAAUAGACCAGAAGGACCUGAUGCACAAAGUGAAGACCGAGCUGUGACUUUAUAGCAGUUGCUGAUAGAGAAGACUUUCUAAGAAACUCUCCUUUAGUGCAUGCAGGGUGGGAAUUGGGGUGGGGGGGUGUUAAAGGAUUACACUGGAGGUUUAGCAAGGAGAGAAACAGAAGACUUGGCAUACAUCCCCAUCCGUCUGUUGUCUACAAUAAGUGCAUCCCCCUUCCUGCUAUGUUUCAGAGAGUGUGAGCCAAUAUCUACAUGUGCCCAGCUAGUAAGGUUUCCUCUUGAGAUAACAUUGGAAGGGACCUGAGCUGGUUAAUGGGGAGCAUCAUAUACUGAUUCCAGCCUCAAUGGGCUGGUUUUCUGCUUCAGGCUAAGUGCUCCUUACCUGCUGUCCCAUAUCCAUGCACUGCCACUGUCCAUGACUGUUCAGGGCAAAACUAAACCCUGUCCUAGAAUGGAUGGAUUGCCUCCUAAGCCACUGCAGUCCUGACCCCCAAAUUUAUUUGUGUUGGCCUUUUUCUUAUAGGCCUCUAUACUCAAGGGAACAGGCAGAUCGCUGUCUCUGAUGUGACUCAUUCUUGUGUCUUUGUGUGUGUGUGUUUUGCCAUCCAAAACAAUGUUGUUCCUUUUGCUUUGUUGCCAAGCUUCAUGAACUUGCCUCUAAUUGUAGUCAGCUAGAGAGCCUUGAGAUGGGUCUCCUGGUAUUGGCUAAAGCUCAGGUUCUAACACCCUUUUGACUCUGACUGCCUGUACAUAUGUGAAACUGCAUAAACCACUGCCCUGAUCGCCUCAAAUCCUUGCAGCUAAUGGCUGAU